AUGCACGCAGCGGACAUAGUUGCAUCCGUGUUGGUUUCAGGGAUUAUUGUCGUGUCGCUGCUGUCCAACGUUGUGGUGCUGAUCUGCUUUCUGUACAACCCGGAGAUCCGCAAACAGGUACCAGGUCUUUUCAUUCUCAACUUGACGUUUUGCAACCUCUUGCUAAGCGUGUCCAACAUGCCACUAACUCUGGUCGGGCUCAUCACCACAGGUCACCCCGGAGGUAGCGGCAUCUGUCAAAUUGUUGGUUUCCUUGACACUUUUCUCACCACAAACUCUAUGCUCAGCAUGGCUGCUCUCAGCAUCGAUAGGUGGGUGGCGGUGGUGUUCCCACUGAGCUACCACUCAAGAAUACGGCACCGGGAUGCAUUGAUAGCGCUGGGGUACACGUGGAUACACUCACUUUGUUUCUCCACAGUGGCCACUUGCAGCUCCUGGGUCGGGUACAACCACCUUUACGCGUCGUGCACCCUCUGCAAUGUGAGGGCGAAGGGAUCCGGGACGCAGUUUAUCAUUUUCAGCGUGGCUUUGCAGUCUCUCACGUUCCUCCUCACACUUAUCGUGAUGUGUGUAACGUAUCUGAAAGUGCUGAAAGUUGCAAGGUUUCACUGUAGACGCAUCGACGUGAUCACCAUGCAGACGUUGCUGCUGCUUGUGGAUAUUCACCCCAGUGUGCGCCAGAAAUGCUUGGAUGAACAGAAGCGUAGGAGGCAGAGGGCCACCAAGAAGAUCAGUACAUUCAUCGGCACAUUUGUGGUGUGCUUCACCCCUUAUGUCAUCACAAGGUGA